AUGCGUGAGUUUUCUAAGACAAUCGAAAAUUUGGAGCUCGUUGAUUUGCCUUUGAAAGGAGGGCAAUUCACAUUUAGAAGAGGUAACAGACACGGUGGGAAUGUGCAAUCCCGCAUUGAUAGAUUUCUUGUGAGUAACUUGAUUUUCCAUGAUGUAUCUAAUGUAUUUCAGAAGGUCUUACCGUGGAGUUGUUCUAAUCAUCGUCCUAUUCUCAUUGAGUGGAGGGAGGUGGUUCCAACUAGUCGACCUUUCAGAUUCGAGAACAAGUGGUUGACAAGAGAUGAUUUUAUCUCGAAUGUGGAAGGUUGGUGGGCGAGGGAGGUCGUGUUUGGUUCUCCAUCAUCUAGACUAUUUAUUAAGCUUAAAAAUCUACGGAAGAUGCUAAAGAGUUGGUUUGUAGGGGAUCGUGCAUUGUUUCGCUUCAAGGUUGAGAUUUUAAGUCGUGAAAUUUUAUCAAUUGAUAGUGUAGAGGAAGUUCGUGAUCUCUCUAGUACGGAAAUUUCUGCAUGA